AUGGCGGCAUUGUAUGCAGUAUUCAUUUUAUUGCCAACAAUUGUCACAUCCAGUUUUUUCCAAGUAAACUAUCCAAACGUAAAUAUAUCGUCGGAACCGAACGGGGAUUUGAUCUUUGAGGCUGGCAAAGGGGGCGAUGUCAUUCUAAAGCCUGGUGCUGGAGGAACUGUCUACAUAGCUGGCAGAGACCUGAGAAAAUUUAUCCAGAAAGUGAAAAGCCUGCCUCCUAUAUGGACAAAGCAGUCAGUUCACGGGUCUUUGGGUACGUUCAGCUCCGGUAACUCCAUCUCUGUAUCAGUGGAGGCAAAGGACCCGGAUGGUCAAAGCAUUGUGUAUGAAUUGGUGUCGGGUCAUCUUCCUCCCGGAACUACACUGAAUAACGCCACCGGAGUGAUCUCUGGAAGUGCUCCCGAUGUGGAUGCUACCUACCACUUUGAAAUUCGCGCCACUGACGUUCACGGGAAAUAUGCUGACGGGUCCUUCAGCAUCAGUAUCCGAGAACAAGACCAGUGUAAAAGUAAUCCGUGUGAACAUGGUGGAACAUGCACGGAUAACCUAAAUGACUUUUCCUGUAAAUGUACCCAGGCCUAUGGUGGAGAUCGGUGUGAAACACUAUGCUCUAUGAACGCCUUUGGUGUGGACCAGAACGUUAAACUUAUUCCCGACGCCCAGAUUUCGGCUCACUUAACUUACAGCACGUACAACGCCCACGAUGGUCGCCUCAACUCGAACUCAGGGUGGAUAGGGAAUGGAUCUGGGUCUUACUUACAGGUGGACCUCGGUAAUGUGACCAGAGUGUUCGGCAUAGCCACACAGAGCUACAGGUCGUCAUCUUACUAUACACUAACCUACCAAGUCACUUACAGUCGCGAUGGCAACAUCUUCACGAACGCAACUGGUGCCAGCGGAAAUAUUUUUUCCGCGAGUGCGAGUUACGACAGCAUAAUUAAACAUGACUUGAUGACGCCAGUUGUUGCCCGAUUUGUCCGCUUCUAUCCAAGAUUGUGGCACACAGGAGGCAAGCCUGGACUCAGAGUGGAGGUGUACGGCUGCUACUGA